UCCAAUGAUAUAAAUGAAAAUAUAUCCACUGAUUUUGCAGUAGAUUGUCGAAUGAAGGCUUUUAAAUGCAAAAUUUGCCACAAGUUAUUUGCAUAUGAAAGCCAGCUCAAUAAUCACAUAAAAACAGUACAUGAUCGCAGCAAACCCUUCGAAUGUGACAUUUGUCAAAAAUCAUUUAGAUACAAGGCUGACCUCAUAAAGCAUAUAAAUGCAGUACAUAAUCGCAUCAAACCCUUUGAAUGUGACACUUGUUACAAAUCAUUUGGACGGCCAAGUACCUUGAAACGUCACAUAAAUUCAGUACACAAUCGAAGCGCACCGUUUGAAUGUGACAUUUGUCACAAAUCGUUUGGUCGCAAAGAUACCCUCAAAACGCACAUAACUACAGUACAUAAUCGUGUCCAAUCCUUCGAGUGUGCAAUUUGCCAUAAAUUAUUUGGAUACAAGGCCUACCUCAAAAGACACUUUAAUUCAGUACAUAAUCCUAGCAAAUCCGUUGAAUGUGAAAUUUGUCACAAAUCAUUUCGAUACCAGAGUAAACUUAUAAGGCACACAAUGACGAUACAUGAUCGUAGCAAACCCUUCGAGUGUAAAAUUUGUCACAAAUCAUUUGGACGAAAAGUUAACCUCACUCUACAUGUAAAUUUAGUUCAUAAUAGGAGCAAAUCCUUCGAAUGUGAUGCAUGUCACAAAUCAUUCGGACAAAAAGUGACCCUCACUAGACACAUUGAUGCAAUACAUUUGCGUAGAAAAAACUUUGAAUGCGAGAUUUGCCACCAAUCAUAUAGUCGCAAGCAAAAUCUGAAAUGUCACCUCAAUUCAGUACAUAAUCAGAUCAAACCCUUCCAAUGUGAGGUUUGUCGCAAAUCAUUUGCACAGAAAGGCCAUCUGAAUGUUCAUGUAAAUGCAGUACAUAAUCGUAUCAAACCCUUCGAAUGUGGCAUUUGCAAAAAAUCAUUUGCAGAAAAAAGUAAUCUUAAUAAACAUAUAAUUAGAUUGCAUCUAAACAAACCCACGUAAGACCUGUCACAAAUCAUUUGUACAAAAAGCUUAUCUCAAAUCUUACGUAAAUGCAGUAUGUAAUCAGAGCAAAAUUUCGAAGUGUGAGAUUUGGCCACAGACACUU